CUUGGUCUGUAGGGCUGCAGCUUCAUUCCUCAUGGCCAUCUUCUUAGUAUCGCACCAGCAAUUGCUGUUGGUAUGAGCCGAGAUCUGGCUGCAGUUUUUGAACCCCAUCUUCAAGCUUGGAGCGUCCUUGCUGGAUCUUUUAUUUCUAGCUUUGCUCCUGUGGUCACCUGGCCUGGAUUUCAUUGGCCUCCCUUGCUGGCUUGUUUCAGUGUGUUCAUAAGCCGCAUAGUUUCUGCUUGUCAUCUAGUGACAUGUGCUUCCUCUUCUCGUCCUCCUAUUUCCUCUUCCACUUAAGUGAUUGUUCUUCCGCCCAAUUUCAAGAAAGAAACAUGGAGAUAAGUUGGCAUUGAGAGCUAUGGCUACAUUGGAGCCUUCAGAUGGUAAUAACACAUAGGUUAACAUGAUUAUGCUAUGUGGUAGAAGCAUGUUCAUUUCUGCCUCAUGUCCUGUACGACGUCCAUUAUGGCCACUCGGAGGCACUUCGUGGUGGCAUUCCACAUCGCAGGUCACACUGCGGACCGCGCAAUAGGCAG